GGAGGGUUUUAUUUGUAGAUCAGCUUGCUCUACCAAAGAUUUGUUGAACAUAAUUAUUACUAUUAUUAUAGCAUGUCGUGGCGAGCUCGUUUUACUCCGUGCAUCGGCUCCAUUAUAGUAUGGUUGAAUCCAAAGGAUCCAAAUUGCUUUGGUGUUCGCAAUUGGUGGCGAAACAAUAUGCCCGAGCUGCAGCUACUGAACCCAUUCUGUAUUUUCACAAUUCAGGAGCUUUCCUUUGGGGAGCCUCAUAUGCACAUUAUUUACACCCCAACGGAUCAGCGCAUGAUUCGUCUUGCUGGUGCCACUGAGGAGGAAUGUGAGGACAUCAUGGAAGCUUGUAUCACUUACGGCAUGAAUCAUGUGAUUCUUGAUAGGCCUCGAACAGACGAUGGUGGUGAUCUUAUCAACCAGCCAGCCGUCAUAUCGUUUGGAUAUAUGGAAAGUUUCACGGCAAAACUGGAGGUGUGCCCUCCGGCGGAUAUCGGGCAGCGGACGACUGAGGGUGUAGAUGAUCCGGGACAGAAACCUCGUGUGUAUCCGCGAAAUAUCGGCUGUAAAUUAAUACCCUAAUUAGUCAAAUAUGUGAGCUCUUCACCUCUGAAAGAGAACAUCGGAAGGAAGUAACUCCGUUGUGAGGUUGAUCUUCGUUACGCGUAGAAAGUAUUGUUUAUAGUAGUUAUUUUUUUUCCGUAGUAUGACCUGGUGCAUUAUUCGGAGUUCCAAGGGAUAGAGUUUUGUGAUUUAUUUAGCUCUUAGCAGUAAUAAUGUUAGCUGGAAAAUGUGGUAUCCUUUUUAUUACCAAUAUUAUCAUUUUUGUCUGCAUGUUUAGAUACUCUCACACGUGUUUGAAAGGAAUACUCCCCAAAA